CCACCGUCGCGCUACAGAAGCUCUCCCCGCUCCCCGUCAACUUGGAAAGGCAAGGGACCUCCUUCUUCCAGUCUAUCAGCUUCCAUCCCUUGGCAUACCGCAAACAAUCACUGGGCAAGGUCCUGCAUUCAUAAGUGCAAGCCUGCCGUCUGUUGUCAAAUCGCUCAACUCUGGUCGACUGUACUCGACCAUCACCCCGCUCACUUACAUAUUAGUGUGGCUGUGAAGACUAGCAACUAGUCUAUCCCAGAGAUCGUCGUCACUACUUGGCCUUUGUCUUGUGACAGCUGCCAUCAAAUUGGUCAAUCAGAAAAUCCCUCAAACAUAAACCAGCCAUACAUAGACACCACGUCUUCCAUCACGACGCCGCCUCUACUCCAAGGAACAACACCUCGCAAACGCAUCUACAUCGACAUCACCUGAACCAUCACCAUGUGCGUCACAGAACUUUGCGUCACCAACCAGGCUUGCCAGCACCGCUGGUACCAUCUCGUUCGACCGUGUGCUCAAUCCACAGAUCUGGCUACUUGCAGCAAGAAGCUGGGUAUCUCUGGUUGGGAAGUCAAGGUCGACCACUGCCCCUACUGUCAAGGCCAUGCAACCAGCUCCGAAUACCGUCUGAUCGGUAAUGGCCCAGCUCCUCCUGUGGGCUCUCUCUCUGGUCUCGCACGCGCACACUCAACAAGUCUGCACGCAGCUCGCCGCGACGAGCGCCUACAACUCAUCACAUCCAGGAGCGACAGUGUCACCAGUAUCGGCAGCAAGAGCAGCAUAGUCACAGCAGCCUCCGAGAAGAACCGCGCCAUGAACGCAAGACUCGACUCGUAUUUCUUCCCAUCCGAGAGCUCUCUAGUCCCGUCAUUUCCCAGGUCAGUCCGCGAAACUGGUGAUGAGAGCUUUACCGAAAGCUCCAGCGACACAUCAAGCAACGAUCAGGCCAGCCUACGACACCAGUCCAUGUCCAACGAGCCCUACAGAGUCAGCAUGCUAUCGCGCAUCGGUCGCAAGACCAAGCGCUUCUCAAUGUUCAAGUGAGCAUCCACCAAGAGUUAAACACCUCCAGCCACGUCAUGCUCUUUGCACAGCCUGCGCCCAGCAACCGUCGUUUGGUUAACAUUGAGGCUUACCAUCAUUGCGGGCCUAGACCGCCUCCACUCGACUGCGAAACCCAGCGGGACCGGCAGCCGGGCUCCGCGGCUCUGUAAACGAAAACGAAUAUCCAGAUUUCGGUCCGAUCUCGUGAGACAUCAUCACGAAAGCAUCAUCGAUACCGAACACCUUCUCAGCUCACAUCACACCAUUCUUCAGCAUAACGGCAUUCUCCACUUCUACCAUGUUCUUACUACGUUCAUUGUCGCCUAGCACG